AUGAUGAUAAUCAUCUCAUUUCUUCUUCUCUCAAUCCUACCUUUGGUCAAGUGCUUGGAGGAGGGAACGGUGGAUUUGGCUUUUAUGGGUUUCCAGCAUAAGUUCGGUAAGAAUUACGAGUCCAAGGAGGAAGAAAUCAAGAGGAAUGCCAUCUUUCGAGCCCACCUCCAUUACAUCGAACAAGUCAACGCUAAAAAUCUGUCUUACAAGCUGGGCGUCAAUGAGCAUGCGGACCUCACACACGAGGAGUUCGCCGCCCUGAAGCUCGGCACAAGCUCGAAGAUGAGUAUGAAGAGGGAUGAUAAGUUGGUUGUUAAAGCUGAUACCACACAGCUACUAACCUCAGUGGAUUGGAGAAGUAAGGGUGUAUUAACCCCGAUUAAGGAUCAAGGGCCCUGUGGAAGCUGCUGGGCUUUCUCCGCGACCGGUGCUCUUGAGGCGCAGUAUGCCAUCGCUACGGGUAAGCUCUUGUCACUCUCCGAGCAGCAGCUUAUCGAUUGUAGUUCCAGCUAUGGGAAUGAGGGUUGUAGCGGAGGACUCAUGGAGAAUGCUUAUACAUACAUAAAGUCAGCUGGCCUCGAUCAAGAGUCGACCUAUCCUUAUAUUGCUAAAAACAACGCCUGUCAAGUCUCUCUCGAGAAACGGUCCGACGGCAUCCCGGCUGGCGAGGUUACCGGCUUUCACAUGCUAGAUCAGACUGAGCAGGGCUUGAUGAAAGCGCUGGCGGAUGCUCCGGUCUCCAUCGCCAUGUAUGCCUCGGACCCCGAUUUCCGCUUCUACCAAUCCGGAGUGUAUUCGUCUAAAACCUGUCAUGGAACUAUUGAUCACGGUGUUGUGGCGGUUGGUUAUGGCACCGAGAAUGGAGAAGAUUACUUUGUUAUCAGAAAUUCUUGGGGAUCCUCUUGGGGCCAAGAUGGAUACUUCUAUUUGAAGCGAGGAGUUUCUGGUUACGGUGAAUGCAACAUACUCGAGUAUAUGUGUGUUGCGACGCUCAAGUCUCGCUAA